UCUAGACGCCCCCUCAGAACCCCAGAACUUCUCUUCCUUGGAACGCCGGGCCUUCCGCCCCACCCCAGACCCGUCCACCCCUUCACCUCUCCACGCUGCCCUCGGGAGCCCAGACCUGAGUCCCACCCCCCUUGGCGCUCCAGCCUUGUCCACCGCCGUCCCCGGCAGCCCAGACCUACCCCUACAAACCUAGAUUUGCCCUUCUCCCCCCAGACCUGCCCCGACCCUACACCUGCCCUCCCCUUAACCUGGCUUCAGAGCCCCGGCACCGACCUGCCCCGCCCCGCAGGGAUGCCCUCCGGCCGAGACGCCUCGCCGACGCCCCCUCUCCUUGCGGGGGCGCGAGCCGGCGCGAGGAAGGGCGAGCUGCCGGAGGCCGGAAUGGAGCCGGGAGAAAGGAAGAGGCUCUCGUCCGCUUCACUGGAAGGAGACCCAAGAGAAGAGAACAAAUUAAAAAGAGGAAUUUCCCAAGACUUGGCUUCUUCUCCCAAAUUAGACAGAUACAAAAUAGCAAGACAAUUAACAGAAAAGGCCAUCAAGGAAAAGAAGAUUUUCGCCAUUUACGGGCACUACCCAGUGAUACGGGCCACCCUUCGAAGAAAGGGCUGGGUGGAGAAGAAGUCCCAUUUCCUGCCCAAGGUCAUCCUGAAUGCAGACGAUGACAGUGCGGGGGUGACUGAACAUAAACGUGCUGAAGGCAAAGAAAAUCAAGAAGUGGCUUUGGAGAAGACAGACGACAUCCAUGAUGUGAUGUCCAGGUUGGUAAAAAACGAAAUGCCGUCCUUCCUCUGGACGAUCAAAAGGGACGUCGUUGACUAUCACAGCCUGAGCUGUGACCAGAUGCUGAAUCACUACGGGAAGACAGCUUCCUUCACCACCAAGAUCGGGCUAUGUGUGAGCAUGAGGAGCCAGCCGUGGUAUGUCCAAGCCAACCCCGACUCCUUCUUCCCCCGCUGUUACGGCCUCUGCACUGAGAGCGAGAAGCAGGAGUUCCUGGACGACUUCCGGCGCACGGUGGCCUCCAGCAUCCUCAAGUGGGUGGUCAGCCACCAGAACCACAGCAGAGGCAAACCCAGCAUCAGCGGGGAGGCCUGCGACACUGGCCCCAGCAACAAGAAAGCUUCUGAGAAUGUCGAAUCCAAGCUCACGGGCCUCUCGGGACAGCUCGUGGACACCGCAUGCAAGGUGUGCCGGGCCUACCUGGGGCAGCUGGAACACGAGGACAUCGACGUCUCUGAGGACGCCUCCAAGGACCUCACGGAGGACGAGUGGAAGGAUCUGACACAGCAGUACUACUCCCUCAUUCAUGGUGACGCGUUCAUCUCCGAUUCGAGGAAUCACUUUUCGCAGUGCCAGGCUCUGCUGAAUAAAAUCACGUCCGUGAACCCUCAGACGGACAUCGACGGGCUUCGGAACAUCUGGAUCAUAAAGCCUGCAGCCAAGUCUCGUGGCCGAGAUAUCGUAUGCAUGAACCGAGUGGAGGAGAUCCUGGAGCUGGUCGCUGCGGACCCCCUGUCUGCCAAGGACAACAAGUGGGUGGUUCAGAAGUACAUCGAGACCCCACUGCUCAUCUACGACACCAAGUUCGACAUCAGGCAGUGGUUCCUGGUCACCGACUGGAACCCCCUGACCAUCUGGUUCUACAAGGAGAGCUACCUGCGGUUUUCCACACAGCGCUUCUCCCUGGACAACCUGGACAGCGCCAUCCACCUGUGCAACAACUCCAUCCAGAGGCACCUGAAGAACGACAAGGACCGCAGCCCCCUGCUGCCCUACCACAACAUGUGGACCAGCACCAGGUUCCGGGAGUACCUGCAGAAGAGGGGCCGCGGGGCCGCGUGGGCUGGCGUCAUCUACCCCGCCAUGAAGCGGGCCAUCGCCAACACCAUGAGGGUGGCGCAGAACCACGUGGAGCCGCGCAGAAACAGCUUCGAGCUGUACGGGGCCGACUUCAUCCUGGGGCGCGACUUCCAGCCCUGGCUGAUCGAGAUCAACUCCAGCCCCACCAUGCAUGCGUCCACGCCGGUCACGGCCCAGCUGUGCGCCCAGGUGCAGGAGGACACCAUCAAGGUGGUCGUGGACCGCAAGGUCAACCGCAACUGUGACAUCGGCAACUUUGAGCUGCUGUGGAGACAGCCAGCUGUGGAAUUGCCGCCUUUCCACGGGUCUGACCUCUGCGUGGAAGGCGUUAGCGUGAGGAGAACCAAGAAGCAGAUGCCACCCAUUCCCAACGUGAAUUUUCCGUCUUCCCUCCUGGACAUUCAGCCCCUAAAAGUGAGGUGCCCCUCAGCCAUGCCAAGCCCGGCCCUAGGACCUCCACACACGGCUCUCCAGCAAGACUCGAAACUGAAAGAUGCCAGGGUCCUUCCUGGCACUUUUCCUGUGCCCCUAAGGAGGUCGGCCGACAGAAGCUGUCAAGUGCAGUCCGCCAACGCCGAGGCUGGCGGGAAGACAGAGUUCCCCACUUGUAAUUUUCAGCACAUAGACAGGAAGGCCCCGAAAGCUGGUCUUACCAAAGCCGAGUCCGGCCAACACCCGGAUACAAACACACCAAGCGAGCGCCCACUGCCGUCCGUGCUUCCAAGCGUGAAGACAGCGGAGGGCGCUCUGCUCCAGCUGCCCAAACCACCAGGUAACAGAGCGGCUGCUUGCGCCCGUCCGAGCCCUGGGUCUGUUGGGGGUUGCCCGCUCCUCGUCCUCCAGGGCAAGGCGGGGGCCUGGGGCCCGGGCAGGGAGCAUGUCCUGAUGUGGGCACUGGCCUGAGCUCAGAGCGGGGUUUGGGGCACCUGGCCCGUCCUGGGACUGGCCAGGCUGUCGGGCUAGUGGGGCUCCUGGAGCAGCAGGUCCAGGGACACCUCACAGGACAGGGUGGGUGACAGCCUUUGUCUCACUCCUUGUGCGGUGUAGUGCACACGGGGGACUGAACGGUGCCAGGCGCCGUGGACAGGCGCC